ACACGUCAGAAUUUCAGAAUUGUCACUUUGUGUUUUGGUGAUGAAAAACUGGAAGUUUGUGGUGCAAAGUGCCGAAUCAUUUUGUGAAUAAAUCAUUGGAAGAUAAUUUCCUGCAUCUUAAGUAGUAAAAUCUCUUUUCUUGCGUAGAACAGAAGCAGAAUCCGAAGCAACGAUGGACUUCUCAGGCUGGUUCAACUCCGUGCCAAUAUUUACACGAUACUGGCUCUCGUCCACCGUGAUCAUGAGCCUGGUGGAGAGAAUAGGACUCCUUCCGGGCGAGUACCUGAUCCUCCUGCCAUUCAAAUUCGUCUACACGAAGUUUCAGAUCUGGAGACCUCUCACGUCAGUCCUGUUCUACCCGCUGACGCCCCAGACGGGAUUCCACUUCAUGCUCAACUGCUACUUCCUGUACAACUACUCAGUUCGCCUGGAGCGCGAGCAGUUCAAGAACACACCGGCAGACCACCUGUUCAUGCUGAUCUUCAACUGGGCGAACUGUGUCAUCCUGGGCGUCUGCUUCAACGUACCUCUCCUCAUGGAUCCCAUGGUCAUGUCAGUGCUCUACGUCUGGUGCAAACUCAACGCGGACACCAUCGUGAACUUCUGGUUCGGCACGCAAUUCAAGGCGGCCUAUCUUCCCUGGGUUCUGCUGGGCGUGAACUUGCUGCUCUCCUCCUCAAUCACGUACUCCCUGAUCGGCAUUGUCGUGGGACAUCUCUACUACUCCCUCAAGUUCCUCUAUCCCACGCUCAGAAACACGCCCAGUUUGCUGGAAACGCCGCAGAUCCUCAAGAACUACUUUCCCGACGUCACCGGCGGUGUGUACGCCUUUGGCGGCGCUCGGCUCAACAACCAGCCAAGACCCGCCGGCGGGAGAUUCAGCAAUUGGGGCUCAGGACAUCGUCUGGGAAACAACUAAUCAGGAUUUGUGAACAAAAUUGUAUUGAGUGAACAAAAAAGGGCCACUAAAAUGGUCUAAAACGA